AUGGACGACGGACGACGGCUUGCUCAUGAUGAUUUUCAAUUAGCUGGGCAGUCAAUAUCAGGUGAGGAAGACAGCGCCGUUCAUGGAAACGGAAGCCGAUUAUCAAUACCUGGAUUAAAAAUGAUUUUUUUCGAUUUCGCUUAUCAUUUGUAUCUUAUAGAAGCUAGGGAUUUCCGACUUUCUGGGAGUAAGAUGAUUCAGGCGCGUCAUCCAGUUCGCAUAACACCCAAAGGUCUGGAGACGUGUUGCAGCCACAGUUCUCACGAGAUGACGCUGUCACCAAAGAGACUCAGUACAUUCUUGUGAGUAAAAAUUGCACCACUGAUUCAGUUAGUGAUAUUUCAGCUGCAACUAAUUUCAAUGGUCAGAGAUAAUCCAGUUCUUUACGAUGAAGAUUUGCAAGCGACUAUUUCGGAUGCAGAGCUGAAACAACAGAAGAAAGACGCGUGGACACGAAUACGAACGGACAUGAUGUGGCAGGAUAUGACUUCCGUUCAGGACGUUUGGUCAGAAAUCUUUGAACAAUACGCCCGCAAAUCAGAAGAUCUCACGGAAAGUUUGCUGGAAGCGAUGCGCUGGACAGAUCCCAUUCUGAACAAAAAGAAAUGUAAGUUUUACAAAUCUUUGCAGAAAUUGAAAUCAUUUUCAUUUCAGCUGAUUCACGGCCACCUUCACAAUUGAAUAACAUGUCAUCGUCACUGGAAAAAGACUAUUUCGCCGACGUUCCUCUUGCGGAGGACGUGCUCGUGUCGGGUCAGAGCAUGGAAAGCCCCACGUCGUCGCUGAACAUGCUCCGCGAGUACGUCGUCAUUCAACCAGCUCGAAGAAUGGAAGACGUCGAAGUGCAUCACGGAAGGCCCAGUCAUGAAUCAGUGCAACAAUGCUCAACCUCGUAUUCACGCCGGAAAUCGCCUCCACGAGAAACAGAAGCCAUUGUUCGGACUUAUCCAUUAUCACUAAAACGAGGGAACGCCGUAAGUCAUCGUGAGAACUAUUAUAGGGGCACCUCACAGAAAUUGCGCUCUGUUGAGAAGCUCUUUUUGCAGCGCAAAUUGUGUGGCCUCGGGGGCCGAGUUUGAAAAGUUAGGCCACAUUUUCAGUGGAAAAUUACUUCGCGGCCUAGAAAUUCGGCCAGAUUGCAAACAGAGCGCCAUUUCUGCGAGAUGCCCCUAUAAUACAUAACGCAUGCCCCUUUCAUCGGUACUUGUGCGCGCGUAUAAAUACACUACUGCGCCGCCCCAACGAUGAUGCACGCGCGGCCGACAGGCUAGCAGCCUUGGCUGUUAAGUGAGAGGUCGCAAGUUCGAAACAGCUUCGUGGUGCACUACACUUUGCGUUCUGCAUUGUGUGCGCGACUUGUGAAGCAAUACCAAUAUCUGCAGUAUCUGCUCAUCCGCUUUGUUGUAGUUGAUGAGCUCGUUGUCCGAUAACACUUUUGCAUUUUCAGACUCGUCCCGAACAACAGAUGCCAUCGGUUGAACAGAAAUUGUCGAAAAGAUUACUCGGUGAUGCCAAGAAAGGUACUGUGAUGAUUUAUUCCCGAGAAGCACGCACCCUAAUUUUCCGCACGGCGCUUGGAUGUCCGUGUCCAGAUUAGAUCAAAAAUUUUGAAUUAUUAAAAAUUGUAUGACAAUCUUUUUCAGAGUACAAAGGCGAUCACCCUUCCACUCAAAUGAGUUUCAACCGCCACAAUGUCCUGGUUGACGUGGAACACAGUUUCCCUCCCUCCACUUCGAAAAUGUUUAAAGUUACUUCUCCUCAAGCUACAACUUCUGUCACAUCGACGAAAAGACUGGGCGGAGUUGUGAGUGUGAACCCGAUUUGAGUGAAAAUUAUCGUUAAACUUCAGAUGCACAGAGGAAACUCUCUGAACUAUGAGUCCGUUCCCCCAGAACCGCUAAUCGAGACGUCAGUUCGAAAACUUCACUUUAUUUAGAAUGUUGAGUUUUUCAGGCCAGAUAGUCCCACAGAGCAGCCGCCGAAGAAGAAAAUUGUACUGAACGUGGACUCGGACCUGCGGCAUCACCGGAACCUUCCGAUUGUUUGUUCCUCCUCGAGCGGUCACCUGCCGAAAACUCGAGUUGACGAAUGUUCGAUGCCUACUGUACUGCUGUCCGGAACCAGCGCCUCCGAUAAGAUACUUUCCGACGGAGUUCCAAUCGCCGACGACGAGAUCAUUCUGGAGGCGACUGGAGAGUGCAAACCGCUUGUCGGCAGCUCCGGUCUCAUGAUUGGAGGACCUUCCGGAAGAUCCGCGGCUCAGCAGCUGAGAUCUCCUACCUCACACGAGCAUUCGUCGAACAUGCCGUGCACUUCAGGUGAUGCGAUCCAUCACUAUCAUCACCCGGAAAUCGGUGAGUCCCGACGUAUUCUGAUCAAAACUUUUCGUUGAGCAAUGUUUCUAGAAGAAGGCAACGUCGAGGACAUUGGAGAGCAGGUGGUCGUGGACGGACAAACCGAUGAUAUGGCGAUUCAGUACGACGAGGAUCUCGCUUUCCAGCAGCACAUAAACAGUGUGCUGAACAGAUUAACCGAUGACGACGUCUGUUUUCGUCAAUGUAAAUCGUUUUAUAAGUACCUUUCAGAAGACCGUCAUGAAAUUCAACCUACAAAAGAUCAUUCUCGACGCGAGAUUCGGUGCCGGAACAGCCCGCUCGAUGCUAAAACACGAUCAAAUGCUGGAGCAGCACAUCGAAAUCGAUCAGCAUCAAGAAACUAGCGACACGUCGCUCUGA